AUGGAAUCUAUCGCUGCUGCACCUGUAGAAGAUGGCCAAGUUUCAAAGACCCCUGCUGAAGUUGUUGCUCAAGUGUUGCCGAAAUCAAAAUUUCUUCAAAAUAUUGGCCUUCACCUAGCAGCCCCCAAGAGAAGCUCCAAAGCCAUUAAUGAUGCACGGGUUAUAGAACUUGAAGCAGAAGUUGCAGCUGGAAAGCAAGACAAAGAAGAACUAAAGGAUGAGAUGGAAACUUUGUAG